CAGGCCCAAAGUUCGUUUCUAUCGUAAGGGGAAGACCGCAAUAGUCGUCGGCGUCUCUCAGCGGUUCGUUAUAAUCUCGCGCUAAAUAUCGUUCGAUCGGUGUUGGAAUUUUUAUUUCGAUUUUUUACACGACGUAUAAUUUUCUUUCUCACUCGUCUGCGGUCUGAAAUCGCGAGUGAAAAAAAAAAAACGUGCGCGAUUUUUGAAACGUGUCGUCGCGUAAUUAAUUAGCAAGCAAAGUGACGAGAGACAAAACUCGUGUUUAUACCGGUGUGCACUGUGCCAUGGGAAUCUAGGAAGGCCGGUAAGGAAACGAGACGCAUGACAGACGAUACUAGGCGGGCGUUAUCAGGCGAGGGUUCGGUAGCUUUCGGCGACGCGAUCAAAAGAUGUCGGAUGCCGAUGGCAUGGACAACCUGGCGUUCACUAACGAGGAAGAUACGAAGCUGGAGAAUGGCGGUCCCCAGCAAGUGACCCUAGAUCAGGACUCGAAGUCCUCGGGGGACGGGGCGCCGAUUGAAAAUGGUCAUCAGCGAUCCUUUAUCUCCCAGCACUACGUCGAACCUAUCAAAUCAAGCUCGGAGCCAUGUUACAAAACAGAAACGAGAAUCGAGUUGCCGGCUGAUAACGCGGAGAAAAGUUUGCCCGAACCGAAGCUUAAUGGCGUUCAUGGGAAUGGCAAUAAUAACGACGCCAGCUUCCUCAACAACAGCUCCACGAGCGUGCAGGUCAACGAUACGGGAAAGAAGGAACAGAUCGAGGCCGUAAACCUAGAACUGGUCUCGAUGAGGCCGUACACGGGCAACAAUAUUCAGACGAAGGGUCAGGAAGCCUGCGAGGUGCCGACUGAUCCUUACGAGGAAUACUUUGUGCCGGUUAACGAGCAUCGAAAGUACAUCAGCAGGAGUCCCGAAGCCGAGGUUGAAACAACCGUGGCUGGAGUACGUUUUGAUCUGGGUCCCGGCGUCGGCCGCGAGGGACUCAGCCUGAGAGACCCCGCCGCCGGACUGGUCGACUAUUCCCACUGGCUGACAGCCCUCAGGGGCGAGAAACUUUACGUCACGAAGGACAAGAGAUCCAAAAACUCGUACUGGAGAAGAAUGGCCUGGGGAUGCGCGCUGCUGGUCAUAGCGAUCGCCGUGAUUAUCGCCAUAUUAGCCGCAACUGGCGUAAUCUUCACACAAGAGGCUACGGAACCCUUAACAAACGUGGACGAGAGUAACGCCAAUCAGUUCAAUGAAGUGCACACGGCCGGAAGUCAGGAAUACGUAAAAAAUCCGCCGUCGAGUCCGCCGCCUUUAACUUCAAGCUUUCCACCGUGGCCUACGACCGACGAAACGAUACGACAGACUGUGGCAAAUGCUUUAGACGGAAUCUUGCAACUGGACGAUUUUGAUUGGAAUGACGAGCUGAGCGACACCAAGUCGCGAAUGUACAGACAAGUAAGCGAUGAAAUAGAGCGAUAUCUUGGCGACAUUCUUGAGCAGGCGAACGGUAACAAAGUGCCUGUGAUCAAAGUGUACGAUAUCAAUAAAGAAGGAGAAGUGAAAUUCAGAAUAAGUAAUUCACCAAUAGCGUCUCCAAAGGAGAGUCAGAAAUACAUUGAGAAAACUUUACGUAAGAAUGGUAACAUGAUUGGACAGUAUCAUUUGAGCAGGUUACAAGUAGGAAAUUUGAUUGAUCAAUGUGAGUACAACAACAAGUGUACCGAAAAGUGUAAAUACGAUCACUCUACAAGUGAAUUUUUAUGUAGUUGUGAGCACGGGAAAAUCUUGAGUCAAGAUGGUAAGACUUGUGUAGAUAAUGAUUUGAGUAACGUCGAAAUAGAUGACGUAAUGACACACUCCACGGAGUCGAAUCAUGUUCAGGGUAGAAGCAGAGAUCCAGCACAAUCCGAACCUAGAAAUCCCGUUUGGGAUGAUCCGAACUUCAAGACAUUAUUCAAGACGGAAACACCGAAAAUUGAAAAUGUUCCAGAAGCUGAUCAGGAAUCAUCAACAACAAAAGACAUGCAUAAUCUUGAAGAUAAUUCUCAAUGGAAUCGCGAACACUUACAUCCUUCAAUGGAAACUACUGAACCAGAACCUUCUGUUGAAUUAUCAUCUACCACGAUACGUUCAUUUACUGUCCCGUUAUUUGUAUCAGAGCCUUCUGCCGAGCCAGAGCCUACUAUUGAAUCAGAGCCUUCUGCCGAACCAGAGCCUACUAUUGAAUCAGAGCCUGUGGCUGAACCAGAACCUACAGCUGAACCAGAACCUACAGCCGAACCAGAAUCUACAGCUGAACCAGAACCUACAGCUAACCUGGAACCAUCAGCGAAACCAGAGCCUGAAUCAGAAUCGGAAUCAUUAGCUGAACUAGAGCCUGCAACUGAACCAGAGCCAACAGCUACAUCAAAAUCUGUUAGUGUAUCGGUUGCUUCGUCAGAUUCUAGUACUCCGUCAGAACUUACUGCUGAGUCAGAGUCUACAACUAUAUCAGAAUCUAUUUCCGAACCUACUUCCGAACCCACUUUCAAAUCCAUUUCCAAAUCAGAAAUUUCUACUGAAGUUGCACCUAUUGUUGAAGAAGAAUCAGUAACUAAAGAAAAAUUUACUACAGAACCAAUACCUGUCACAGAACCAGUAAAAAUUUCCAAUGACAUCAAUGUGAAAUCAGAAACAAUACCGUAUCUGAUAACAACACAAAUGAAUUUGGAAUCAAAUACUGAAAUAUCCAAUAAGCCAGAAUUCGUUACUAAAUCGACAUCUAAUGACGAUAACGAAUCAUCAGUUACACAAUUAACACUUUUAAAUGACGCAGAUACAUUUGAUGAAACCAAAUCACUUAUUGAUUUGUCAAAUGAAAAUAACAGUUCUGAAACUAAUGAUUUUCCAACUACCACCAUGAAGAUUAAUGAAACUUCAAUAAAUGACGAUGCGUCAUUGCAGGUGAUACCUUUAAUGGCCAAAAGUGAUUCUACAGAUGUGAAUGAUGAGAUAACUAAAACGGAGUCAACGACAUCGCAAUCUUAUAUAAAUAAAGAUGAAAUUAGCGAAAGCACAACUAUCGAAGGCGAUCUCACCACCUUAGAUUAUCGAGAUUCGAAACAGAAAAGUGACCAAAAUGUCACAGCGAUCAAGUUUGAAAAUGACGAAGAAUCGAAUACCGAACGAGUCACAGAAAGCUCCGAUCUUCCGGAAAAUAAAGAAAACAAUUUCACUACGGAAAUAAAUCUUGACGAGAGUAAUAUCGAAAAUAAAAACUUUUCGAACGAAGAACACGAUCUAACAACCGAACAACAACCGAGCUCGGUUUCUGAUCAGUCAGUUUCAACCACAAUCGUACCUACUACCACACCAGUAGUCACAUCAACAGAAGACAAAACAGAAAUAACUACCAAAUUCACGUUCAACAAUGACAAAUAUUCUCACACGAUAGAAAUAAACGGAGUGAGUAAAAACGUAGAAAUACAUAAUACUCCUAUAAUCUACGAGACUACGACACCAAAAGCCGCUUAUAUCGAUACGUCCACUGAGCCGAUAUCUAGUCACAACGAAGAACACGUACCUCAAAACGCGUUACAAACCGAAAUACAAAAUUCCAACGAAAAAAACGUCAUCGAACACAUGCCAACGACGGUCUUUCCUAAAGUGCCCAAGAACUUUGCUCACAACGUAGAACCGCUGAAAGAUCCUAUCACGAAGAAGUCAAUGGACGACGAACACAUCAUGAUGAUACCGAAGUCCGAGGAGAUACAUGCAAAAAUUCCCGAACUUAUUCCGGAACAAAGUUCGCAAUCUACAAAUGAGUCUCGGCAGGUAGAAAACUCGACGGUAGAAUCGAACAACGGGGUGGUAAUUAAAAGUUCGGAUACGAAACAAUUCGUUGAAGAUACAAUCUCGAUCGCUACGGUGCGUAGUAAUGAUAACAUCGAUAACAACGUCACAACGCGUUUCGACGAAGUUCAGGAACAUUCGACGAAUCAUCCGCUUCAUCCGGCAAUAUUGCCGGAAAAUUCGGUUCCUUCCGCAGUAAAAUCUGACGCCAAUGACGAUCGUCUAGAAGAUAUGUCUCCUUUCUUACCGGAUGUUAACAGGGAGAAAGAAAACGCGAAGAAAGCGCCACGUCUGGACAAGGACGAGCAGGAUGUUCCCAAUCCUUUCGAAACUCACAUCGAUGACGUUAUAAUGCACCGGCCGCUGAUGUACGCGAACAAUACGGAACGCGAAGUGAAAAUAACCAAAGACUUAUUGAACGAUGUUAAUUUACAUACGAGCGACGAAAAGACGACAGACGUUACGGAGAAAACAACGGAGAUUAAAGCGAAUGUUAACGACACGAGCAACGAUAAUACCAGAGAAACCAUACAGAACGAUUUGGAUAACGUCAGUGACGUUAACAAUAAUACCGAAUCUGAACUUGAGAAAACAAUGAAAGACGAUAGUUCCGCGAUAUCAAACAGUAGUAACACAACGAAGGACACGAUUGGAAACAAUAAUUUCUCUGAAGAGGAUAGCGAGAUAUUAAGAGUAAUUCCAUUGGCGGAUCCAACUUCUCAAAUGAAUAAAACAUCGAAUAAACCUGAUGUUGGUUUGGGUACGAAAGAGCUGAAGGAAGAAGAAGAAGUAAAAGAUUUCGCAAUUAAAAACGGAGCAAUCAAUUCGGAAAAGCUGGAGGAGAACGCCGUGGAGGAUCAGUACAACGACAUUACGGAUGAAAAUUUGUCGAAGGAAUAUAAGAGCAAAAUCAUUUCCGCCAAAAAUGUGGCGGAGCCAAAGAAAGCGGUUUUGAACGACAUCGAUAUCGUUUCUUACAAAGACACGACGUCCUCUUUGACAAACGCGUUUGCGAAGGAAAGAAACGAUACGAGCGAGCGAACGUCAUCCGAUGCGACGCAGAGUACGACGACCGAAAGAGCGGAAGGAAUCUUGAACAAUCAGACGGAAGACGUCAAGCUGACCACUCAAGAACCCGUGUUGCCCAUAGAGAUCCAACAAGAGAUGUCGACGACAGUCGCCACGGACAAGGUCGAAGUUACCACGAUGAUCGACGAAGUCAAACAGCAAGAUGCGAAACAAACAAACGUUGCACAACUCGACGACAAGGAAGUUACAGCGGCCCAAACAACUCAAUCCACACUUGAGGCCAAGACCACAGCCCAAGUUCCGAUUCUGCCCGAGGAACUGCAAACGACGGAAAACGAUAUGCUGGCAACGACAACGUCAGCGACGUUGAGCGAAGAAAUGGAAACGAAACAGACAGUUGUCGCGAACGAAAAAGAGUCGUCAGAGAACAAUAAAGACAAGACAACCAAGGAAGAAGACAUUGUUAUCGAUACGUCAGAAAGAAGCAUGGCGGCCACGACGGUGUACGAAAGUAACGUGAGCGUGGGAUCCACUUGGAAAAUGGAAGACGAGAACAGCAAUGAACAGAUCGGAACGACGACUCCCGGUUCGAUGGACGACGCGAAGAUAAUCGGAACUACUCCAAUGUCAACAACGGAAAAGGAUAUUGCGAGCGACGCAGUCACUACCACGGAAGACGUCAGACCGGUCACCGAAAUGGUAGACGACACGCCCAUGAUCGAGUUCGAUUACAGAAACCUAUUCACCACAACUCCGAGAUUGUUAACAUUGAUCGAGUCGGACGAACCGUCCGAGGAAGCGCUCACGGUUAUACCGCUGGAGAAAAGCCAGGAAGGCAAGAAGAAAUCGAUCGACAAGAAGAGUUUCGACAAGUACAAGUACAAAAAAGAGAAGGAUCUGAAUCUGGAGAGUCAGGAAGAGGAGAAUGUGCUAACAACGGAAAAUCCUAUAGGUUCCAUUACCAUCUCCCAAACGGAAUCACCGAUUAUUUCCGUGCAAAAUGACGAGGAGGUGAUCGACAGCGCGGUGAGUUCCGAAAUAGAUCCCAAUUUGCCCAAGUUCAUUCUGGCUGACACGGAAGGCAACAUCCUGCCCGCGUCAAAGAUAAAAAACAUCGAGAGCACCGAUAAGAAAAUCGAUACGAAACCUAAGAAUUAUCCCAGCUUCAUACCCGUGUCCGAGGAUAUAAUCGAACCGAUACCGGUCACGGAGCCUUACAUGAUGAAGCGAAAUUACACUUAUCCUGCGACCUCGUCGAGCGGAACGUCGAGCACGAUUGCGAACGAAACGAUCGAAGGUCGCGCGGACGACCCAGAAACCGAUCUCUCUCACGGAAACGCGGGAGCGAAAGAGACGACCGAGCAACCUGUCACUUUCGUCUCGGAUCAAUCGUUCGGCGACGAGGAAACGAAAGUUGAUCGCGUUACAAAAAACCCAACCACGAUCCGGUUGACCGUGCGAACCACGCCGCUGAGCGUCGAGAGCACGACGAUUGCCAGCAGUCUGUCGAAAUGUACAACGGGCCAAUUCCAGUGUGUGAACGGCACGUCCAGAGACGGCGCCUAUUGCGUAUCGUUGUCCGCUAAAUGCGAUUCCGAAAAGGAUUGUUCCGACGGUUCGGACGAGGCGAACUGCGAGGGCUGUCCGGACAACUUCCGCUGCGCCAGCGGACAAUGUCUCAAGAGGCAUCUCGUGUGCAACAAGAUCGCGGACUGCAACGACGGCAGUGACGAGCAAAACUGCGAGAACUGGGAGUGUCAGUCGGAUGAGUUCAAGUGUCCAAGCGGAAAAUGCAUUCCGGCUCUGUGGCAGUGCAACGGUCGACCGGACUGCGACGAUCAUCGGGACGAGUACAACUGCGCCGAGAGCUGCGGAAACAACGAAUAUCUGUGUCCCACAGAGAAGUGGUGCAUUCCGCAAACUUGGCACUGCAACGGAAUCGCCGAGUGCGUAGACGGAGAGGACGAAAAGCUGUGCGAUUGUUCGCUUGAUCAGUUCAAGUGCCAAACAGGCGGAUGCGUAUCUCUUAAUCAGGUUUGCGACGGCAUCGAGAACUGUCCGGAUUAUUCGGACGAAUGGAAUUGUCUAAACCCCAAUGUUACCGCGGGCAGAAAUCUAACUAGCGCGGCAAUUAAUAUCGAUACCGACAACAACGAUACGAUAAGUGGAUCGACUGACCGUGUGCCAUUGUUGAAAAUAAAGCAAUAUAACGGCGAUUAUCAACUAGUCUGUUCGGACGGAUGGAGCGAGGAGUUUAGCGAUUCCUACUGUCGGACGUUGGGAUUCGCCGGAGCCGAAACUACCGAGUCGUCCUCGUGGAAUCAGACCGAAGACAAUAGCAUUCUAAGACUGAAAACGAAUCCCGAUCACCGGCAAUCGCUAGUCACAAAUCUGCAACAAGUAGAUUUCUGCGUGUCAGGAAAAGUCGUGCGAGUUUCGUGCGAGGAGUUUGCGUGUGGUAUGCACUACGCGUCGGAAGAACCGACCGCGAGAUCGAUCGACGGGAAUCCGAUCAGUGACGGACAUUUGCCCAGCGUCGGUUUGUUGAAGGAGGAAAAGGACGGGGCCGCUUGUACGGCUAGUAUAAUCGGUCCUCUGCAUGCUGUGGCCAGUUACUCUUGCAUCUACAGAAACAAGAAGAGGAGCAGAUGGCAACUUUUCGCCGGGAACGAUAUGAUGAAGGGAUAUCCUGUCAAAAAUAUCGUACCCUAUCCUCAAGCAAAAUAUAAUCAGUUCCUUUACAACAACGAUAUCGCUCUGAUCGAAUUAGAAGAGCCGUUAGCACUUUCCAGAAAUAUAAGCGCCGUGUGUCUUCCCAGACAAUCUAUCCAGCCGAGGCAAAUCUGCGUAACGGCGGGAUGGGGAUUCCCCGUAAACGGGGAAGUGAACUUGCAACAGUAUCACAAGUUCUUGUCUCUUCCGACAUACGAUUCCGCGAAAUGUAACGCAACGAGUCUUUACGCAGGAUUCAUCACGGAACAUGAUAUAUGCGCAGAUUUCACCGACACAGAUAAAGGCUCUUGUUAUAAUGACGAAGGAGCGCCCUUGAUGUGCGUCAGUGAGUCGCAGAGUGCGUCGGAGAGGUGGGAAAUUCAGGGGUUACUAAGUCACCGUAGAUGCUCGAGAGGUCCGGCAAUUUAUUCGAGCACGGAACCUGCGCUCUCGUGGCUGCGCGAAACAGUGCCAGCUUUGCGAACGCAAAGUUAAAAUUCAUUAUUAUCGUACAGAUUUCCCCGAGAUAUAUAAAAGAAGUCAGUAUACUUUAAGAUACAUUGUAUAUUACAAUGCAAAACUUGCGAUGUUAAUAAGUAAGAAAAAAAAUCGUGAUUGCGGAAGAAGUGCACAGCAGAACAAAAGUCUUACGUUAGAUUUUUUUUUUUUAUUUUUCUUUUCAAUGCUUUAAAAAAAAAAUAAAAAAUAAAAAAUAAACCAAUUACACAUUCGUAUGCAUAUGUAAUUUAUAUUUUCACGUUUUUUCUUCGAAAUAUUUUGUAACAUUGAUGUUCCUAAUGCAAGUCGUUUUCUCCUCUCAAACAUUUUUCUUCUAUAAAAAAUACUUAAAACAAAACAGAGAUUGUAAGAUGCGCAAUUUAUAAAUUCUGUACGAGUCAUCACACGAAGAUAUGCGUAAGAAAAAAAAAACCUCAAAGAGACGAAAUUUAUACUAACUUUUGUAAUUAAGGAAAUAUUAUGUAAAUACUGUAUAAAGUAACUUUUUAUUAUGAAUAAUAUGACAUAAGAAGUUUAGUAAAAUGGGUCUCUUCAAUUUAUAUACAUUUUUUUUACGUGUAAAACAUUGUGUUUGCUCAUUACUACAUUUAUAUUAGACGUGAUCGUUUCCCUAAUCGCAGUGAAAGGCAAUUUUUUUUGUUGUGAUAUUUUGAAUAAUUCUCUGUAAUGCGUUUCUCAUAUGCACUUAAUUAAGAGACAAUUUUAAUUAUUUUCAUUCAGAUUAAACGCGCAAGAGACCGAUAUACAUAUACAUUCUGAUUUAUAUAUACAAUCGACAGUUUUGUCUCAGAAAUCCUGAACGAAGGAUUUCUGAAACGAGAACAAUGGAUAGUAUUAAGCAUUAGAUAGGAUAAAUGUAUAUAUAUAUAAAAUAUAUGACUAUAUUUUAAUAAAAACGCAUUAUUACAGAAAGAGAGAGAUUUCAUCGAUCAAGAGAGCAUGUUCUUAUAUGCGUACUCUCCUUGAUGAAAUGCGUAUUUUUAUAUUGCAAGUAAAAUGUGGCAAAUAAACGUAUUUUAAACAAGCCUAGCACUUUCUCUCCUUACAAAAUCUAAUUGUUUUUAAAAAAAUGUUUUGCUAUACAAUAAAUAGAUUUUAAAAAACUACUAAAAUGAAAAA